AAACAGCUACCCUGGUUCUUUCCAAAGGUGAGAACACAGACCAGAGUUAGUUGAAGAAGUUACACUGAAGAAGUAGCACAUCUGGAAAAACAUUUGUUGCAGCAAAAUGUCUUCACGUUCUGAUUCAGCCAGCUGUUUGACAGCAGAUAAAACUGAUGAGAAGAAGAAAUCAGAGAGCUCUGAGGUGCAAAUAAGCGACACACUGUGCAGCAGCACAAGUCGCUACCUCAUUAAAGAAUUCAGCGGCGAAGGGUGCUUUGGCAAAGUUGCUAAAGGUGUGAAUUUAAUCACAGCACAGGACGUGGCCCUCAAGAUCCUGAAAACCGAAAAGACCGCUAAAAGAGAGAUCAAAAUGCUUGAAGCAGUGAGCGUGCUUGACCCAGCCAUGAAAAAUGUGGUUCAUUUCUUUGAGCAGUUUCAACACAAAGGACAUACCUGUCUAGUGUUUGAAAUGCUGGACAGGAGUCUUUUACAACUGCUCAGCGAACAGCAAGGGACGCCACUCUCUCUCCAUGAGAUACGGCCAAUAACCCACCAGUUGCUGAUGGCCUUGGAUGCUCUGAAGGGCAUUGGUGUGGUUCACUCAGACCUGAAGCCAGACAAUAUAAUGCUGGCAAACCAUCUGAGUGAGCCCUUCAGAAUAAAACUGAUAGAUUUUGGCGUGUCAUUCGGUGUCCGAGAAGAGGUAUUUGGGAAGACAAUUCAGCCUCUGGGUUACAGGGCACCUGAAGUCACCCUGGGCCUCCCCUUCUCCGAGGCCAUAGACGCUUGGAGUCUAGGCUGUGUGCUCGGGGUCUUGUACCUCUGCAAACACCUGUUUGCGAUAGACUGCGAGUACCAGUCAAUGAGGGGCAUUGUAGACGUCCUGGGCCAGCCAGCUGACCACCUUCUCUGUGCUGGGAAAUGCACACAAAUUUUUUCAAGGUGGAAAAGCACUUGGACAGCCCAAGAUGGUGGAUGA